GCGGGGCGCUGAGCGGGCGCGCAGCGGGCGCGGGGCGCGCCAUGGCCGCCAAGGACAACCCCUGCAGGAAGUUCCAGGCCAACAUCUUCAACAAGAGCAAGUGCCAGAACUGCUUCAAGCCCCGCGAGUCCCACCUGCUCAACGACGAGGACCUCAACCAGGCCAAACCCAUUUACGGCGGCUGGCUGCUGCUGGCCCCGGAAGGAACCGACUUCGACAACCCCGUCCACCGCUCCCGGAAAUGGCAGCGCCGGUUCUUCAUCCUCUACGAGCACGGCCUGCUGCGCUAUGCCCUCGACGAGAUGCCCACAACCCUCCCGCAGGGCACCAUCAACAUGAACCAAUGCACGGAUGUGGUGGACGGGGAGAGUCGGACGGGGCAGAAAUUCUCCUUGUGCAUCCUGACCCCGGAGAAGGAGCACUUCAUCCGAGCUGAGAACAAGGAGAUCAUCAGCGGGUGGCUGGAGAUGUUGAUAGUCUAUCCAAGGACGAACAAGCAGAAUCAGAAGAAGAAGAGGAAGGUAGAGCCCCCAACUCCUCAGGAGCCUGGUCCUGCUAAGAUGGCCGUGACCAGCAGCAGCAUCCCCAGCGCGGAGAAGGUCCCUGCCACCAAGUCCACGCUUUGGCAGGAGGAAAUGAGGGGCAAAGACCAAGCAGACGGGGGCAGCGGCCUCAGCCCAGCUCCGAGCCCGGUGCAGAGCCAGGCAGCGGCGGGCAGCUCCCUGAAGGAACCCGCGCUGGACGGCAAAGAAGAUGAGAGCUCCAUGAACGGAGACCGGAUAGACUGUGGGCGGAAGACACGUGUCGAGAGUGGUUACUUUUCCUUGGAGAAGACCAAGCAAGACUCGAAGCUGGAAGAACAGCAGUUGCCGCCCCCACCGAGCCCUCCCAGCCCCAGCACCCCAAACAACAGGUACAGUUAUCCCAAAUCGCCCUCGCAGGAGCAUGCCCAGCCCUUUCCUUCCCCAGGUACCCGAUCAGGCGACCGAAUGAUUCACAGCUUCUCUCUGAACUCCUUGGAUUCGAAGAACAGUUGCCCCAUGCACAAGGACUCCAACAGCAGAGAUAUAGCAAGGGGAGCUGAAAAAUCGGGGCGUCCCCUUUCUUUUAAAGCCAGCCGGCAGUACACCACCCUGGCCGACGUUCCCAAGGCCAUUAGGAUCAGUAAUCGUGAGGCCUUCCAGGUGGAGAGGAAACGGCUAGAGCGGAGAACCCGGGCACGUAGCCCUGGGAGAGAAGAAGUGGCCCGGCUCUUUGGCAAUGAGAGAAGGCGGUCUCAAGUAAUUGAAAAAUUUGAAGCAUUAGAUAUUGAGAACGCAGAGCACAUGGAAACGAACCUGUCAGCAGGCACUGCCCUUUCGAGCGAGACGCGGCAGGGCCGGAGCGAGAAGAGGGUUUUCCCGAGGAAACGGGACUUCACUUCCGAAGCUGCAGCUGUGGGCUCCAUCCUGGAUGCAUCUGCUUCUCCUCUGUCUCCGCACCGUCGAGCAAAAUCACUGGAUAGAAGGUCCACAGAGUCCUCUAUGACGCCUGACCUACUGAACUUCAAGAAGGGCUGGUUGACGAAGCAGUAUGAGGACGGGCAGUGGAAGAAACACUGGUUUGUGCUGACGGAUCAGAGCCUGAGAUACUACAGGGAUUCGGUGGCGGAGGAGGCAGCCGACCUGGAUGGAGAAAUCGAUUUAUCUACAUGCUACGAUGUUACUGAGUACCCGGUCCAGCGAAACUACGGCUUCCAGAUCCACACUAAAGAAGGGGAAUUCACCCUCUCCGCCAUGACGUCUGGAAUUCGCCGGAACUGGAUUCAGACCAUCAUGAAGCAUGUUCGCCCCACCACCGCUCCAGACGUAACGAGCUCCUUGCCAGAAGAGAAAAGCAAAACGAGCUCUUCCUUUGAGACUAGCCCGAAGCCGAGUGAGAAGCCAGAUGCAGACCAAGUCGAGAUGGAUCCAGAGCAGAAGCGGAGCCGUGCCCGGGAGCGCAGGCGAGAAGGACGGUCCAAGACCUUUGACUGGGCUGAGUUUCGCCCCAUCCAGCAAGCCCUGGCACAGGAGCGAGCAAACACUUCAGACUCCUCGAAGAGCAGCACUGCUGCCUUCUCCAAGGACACCAGUGCUUCGGACACAGACCCGGGAGAGCUGGAGAGGGAGCGUGCCCGCCGGAGGGAGGAGAGGCGCAAGCGCUUUGAGAUGAUCGAUGCUGUCGACGGGGCAGGGCCGGAGGAGGCGUUAAGGAUGGAGGUGGACAGGAUCCCGGGCCUGCCUAUCACCGCGGACAUCAAACCGCAGAACGUUCACGUGGAGAUCGAGCAGCGCUGGCACCAGGUGGAGACGACCCCUCUCCGGGAGGAGAAGCAGAUCCCCAUUGCUCCGCUGCACCUCGCCGCCUCGGAGGACCGGGACGAGGGCCUUGCAAAGCAGCACUUAACUGCGCUGCUGGAGAAGGAGUUGGAGCAGAAGCAAAAGGAGGCCUUGGAGCUCCUGGAGCAGAACCGGCACCUGCAGGACCAGCUGAAAGUGGCGCUGGGCCGGGAACAGAGUGCCCGGGAGGGCUACGUGUUGCAGACCGAGGUGGCCGCCUCGCCAUCAGGUGCCUGGCAGAGGCUCCACAAAGUCAAUCAAGAUCUCCAAAGCGAGCUGGAAGCCCAAUGCCAGCGUCAAGAGCUAAUCAAUCAGCAGAUUCAGUCACUGAAACGUAGCUAUGCCGAGGCUAAGGACGUGAUCCGGCACCACGAAGCCGAGAUUCAUAGCCUGCAGGCAAGGCUCAGUAAUGCCGCAGCAGAGCUGUCCAUCAAAGAGCAGACACUGGCCAAGUUGAGGAGCGACCUGAAGAGUGAAAAGGAGAAAGCCAAAGAGCAGCUGGAAGAGUGGCAGCAUGGUGAGGCCACUCUGAGCUCACAGCUAAAAGCCAGCGAGCAAAAGCUGAAGACCGCAGAGGCUCUGCUCCUAGAGAAGACCCAGGAGCUACGGGACCUCGAAAUGCAGCAAGCUUUGCAAAGGGAUCAUCAGAAAGAGGUGCAGCGGCUCCAAGAUAGGAUUGCAGACCUCAGUAGGCAGUUGAAUGCUAGCGAACAAGCCCGGAUCCUAAUGGAAGAGAAGUUGCAGAAGAACUAUGAGGCUUUGCUGGAAAGCUGUGAAAAGGAAAAGCAGGUUUUAAUACGGAGUCUGAAGGAGGUGGAGGAUAAGGCCAAUGAGUAUGAGAAUCAGCUACAAAAUAAUGAGCAGCAAAUGGAGAUUCUGCAGAAAGAGAAACUGAGUGCAAAAUUUGAAGGCAGCGAGAUUGUCCACCAGCUGGAGGAGCAACUGGUGAUGAAGGAGGCCAGUAUCCAGAAACUCUCGGAGCACAUCAAGGAGCUUGAAAGGGAGAGAGAUCAGAUUAAAUGUAGGUUCCAUGAGCUCAUGAAUCAGGUUGCGGAGUCGGACAAUGAAGUUGCAAAGUUGCAAGCAAAGUUGAAAAUGGAAGAGACCAACUACCACAAUCUGGAGCAAUCAUUUGAGGAAGUAUCAGAUCAGUUCCAGAGUGUGCAAAAGGUGCUGAAAGAAAAAGAAGAAGAGCUGAGACACGUUAAGGAAAUGCACUUGAGAAUUGUGGAGAAGAAAGAUCAAGACCUCAGUGAGGCUCUGGUUAAAAUGGUUGCUUUAGAUAGCAGUUUAGAGGAGACUAAAGUAAAGCUAAAGGCCAAAGAGGAAGCUUUAAAGAAAUUAGCUAGUGUAGGCACAGCUCCGUGUGCGGAGGAGGUGGAAGACCUUGGCCCUAAUGUCGAUGCUGAUGAAAGUCAUCCUUCUCAACUGGGGCAGCAUCUGCAAAUUCAUGAUGUCCUUCCAGCUCUGAAUUAUGCACUGAAGGAAGAGGAAGAUGAAGUUCUUGAGACUAGCCAGAGACAAGCAGAAGAAUUCGGCUCUCCAUCCAAAGCUGCAGAGCUCCAGGAUCAGGAGUUGGUUCAGAAAGCCUUAGCAAAGCCUGAUAUAGGAAUCAUGGGUGCCAAGAGGCAAAGAAUCCGUUUCUCAAGCAUCCAGUGCCAAAAAUAUAUACAUCCAGAUGGAUCGGAGAAAAACUGGACAAGUAGCACCUCUUCAGACACGAGCCAAGACAGAUCAUUGUCUGAAGAAAGCAUGUCAUCAGAGCCAGCUCUUGGUUACCCAUCCUCGGGGACAAGUGACUCUGAGACCUAUCUCUCAAUCAUCCAUUCUCUGGAAACCAAACUUUAUAUUACAGAGGAAAAGCUCAAAGAUGUAACGAUGAAGCUUGAAAGCCAGCAUGGUCAUAAUCAGGAAACGCUGAUAGCCCUUCACCAUCAGUGGGCCAACACAGAGUCUCAGCUUCGGGAACAGCUUCAAACUAGCUUAUCUCAAGUCAGUGCUCUGAUCUCACAGCUGGAAAAUGAGAGGCAGGAAAAGUUCAAGCUAAUAGAAAAUCACAUGAGCGAGCUGGGAGGUUUCCAAAUGAAAAAUGAUCAAGCACUGACUUGCUUAGAGAAAUGCAGGGAGCAGCUAAGAUCUCUACCCAAAUCAGACAAGGAAAAAGAGAGUGAUUUGUUUCUUGUUACUCUGUCCAGCAUGGAAACAACCUUAUCAAAUGCAGUCCAAGCCUUGAGAGGGACACCAAUCUCAUCCGAGUAUCAGCAGAGUGAAAGCCUUAUUCCCCAAACCCCAGCCUCAGAAGGGAAUUUUUUGAGUGAAGAGGAACAUGCCUCGAAGGAGCAGCAAGUGGAAAUGUUUGAUGCCGGCCAGCUAAGAUGGCUUUCUGAAAGAGUGGCAUUUGAAGCCUCUCUAAUCAACCAAAUAGCAGAGUCUUUGAAAAAUGCAAGCGCUGAGAUAUCACAGAUUCUCAGAGAGAUCCAAGGAACAGCUGAGGUGGUUUUACUAGAGCCAGCAAAUGUUUCUCAUGCAGCAAUUGAUUUGGCCAGCAUCCUAUCUAAGAAGUUGCUACUGGAAGGGGAAUUUUGGAGCCAGGUGGAGGAACUAAGAAUGCACUUGAGCACCAGAGAAGAAGCAGCAGAGGGCAAAACGGAAACAGCAGGUUUGGGCUUUUCACCAUGUUUUCUCAGCACAGUAGCAGAUGCUACUUUGAUCAAGGCAGAACUUGGGUUUGUUGCACAGAAAAUGAGAGAAUCUUUUCAUCAGAGAUUAAAAACAAUUGAAGAAGACCUUCAUAAUACCAAAACAGCUCUCCAGCAACAUAAAUGCAUGUUGGAGGAAAUCAUCAAAGCAUACAGGACUCCUGAUUUUGACAGAGUCAUACAUCAGAUUUCUGAAGCACUUGAAAUUCAAAAAGAUGCCACAGAAGGAACCCAAAUAUCCUGGGAUGGGAGCCAUCUACAAAUGAUGCCCUAUCAGGAAUUAGCCAAGAUGGACGAGACUUGCAGUUUACCAGGACAUAGUAGUGAAGCUCUUGUUUCCAUUCAAGAAGAUCUUGCCCAACAACUAAAGGACAAAUCAAGUGUUCUUAAGGAAAUAUCUGUUGCCUUACUAUCGCUGCCUCCUGAGGAAGCAAUGAGAGAUUGCCAGAAGCUCCUAAAGAUAUCUCAGAGUCUUUCAUAUCAUUCAUGCAUGGGAGACCUUGAACGGUAUUCAUCUUUGUUAGUUCAAGAUGCAAUUGUUCAGGCUCAGGUUUGUUACACAGCUUGCAGAGUCAGACUGGAGUAUGAGAAAGAGCUGAAGUCUUACAAAGAAUCCUUGCAGAGCAUGGAUGCACUCUGCCAAGAACGUGUAAAGACGGUUUCUCUCCUUCGGGAUGAGUAUGAAGAUUUGCUUAGAAAGCAGCAAGGUGAAUAUGGUGAGGUGAUAGCCAUGCUUGAACGAGAGAAUGCUGAUCUGAAAGCAAAGGUAUCCCACCUUGACAGUCAACGAAGGCUGUUGGAGGAGGAAGAGCAUAAACACAGCAAAAGCAUCAGUGAAUUACAAGGCAGAUACGAGGAGGAGAUUCGAAAUGUGAUAGAGCAGCUGAACAGGACAGAGGACACUCUAAAGGCUGAGAGAACAGAGGGCCUAAACCAACUUGACGCCGUUGUCCGUGAUAAGCAAAACAUGGAGCGAUAUCACCUUGAGCAGAUGCAAAUGUUGGAGGAUAAGUUCCAGGCCAAGAUAAAGGAAUUGCAAGUCAUCCACAACGAGGAACUGCAGACGCUGCAGGAGCACUACAACCAGAACCUGCAGCACCUGCAGGAGACCCUCGAUGAGUAUCAGAGGCAGCACCCUGAUGCUUUGUCCUCGGAGGGGCUGGACGAUGGGAGAACGCAGGUGGCCGACGGGCCUGAUGGCAGGGUGCAGGUCUCUGAGAGUGAGCUGGACUCCAUGCAUGGCCUGAGAGAGCGCAUCCAGGAGCUGGAGGCCCAGAUGAAUGUCAUGAGGGAUGAGUUGGAGAACAAGCACCUGGAGGGAAAUGCUUCAACUUUGAGGGAAAAAUACCAGAAAGACUUUGAAAACUUAAAGGCAACAUGUGAAAGGGGCUUUGCAGCCAUGGAGGAGACGCACCAGAAGAAGAUAGAGGACCUGCAGCGGCAGCACCAGCGGGAGCUGGAGAAGCUGCGCGAGGAGAAAGACCGCCUGCUGGCAGAAGAAACUGCUGCCACCAUUUCAGCCAUCGAGGCCAUGAAGAACGCCCACCGGGAGGAGCUGGAGCGGGAGCUGGAGAAGUCCCAGCGCUCCCAGAUCAGCAGCGUCAAUGCCGAUAUCGAAGCCCUCCGGAGGCAAUACUUGGAGGAGCUGCAGUCGGUGCAGCGGGAGCUGGAGGUCCUUUCGGAGCAGUAUUCCCAGAAGUGUUUGGAGAACGCCCACCUGGCGCAGGCGCUGGAGGCUGAGAGGCAGGCCCUCCGGCAGUGCCAGCGGGAGAACCAGGAGCUCAACGCCCACAACCAGGAGCUGAAUAACCGCCUGGCUGCGGAGAUCACGCGACUGCGGACGUUACUGACUGGGGAGGGCGGGGGAGAGGCUGCUGGAUCGCCUCUCACGCAGGGCAAGGAUGCCUACGAGUUAGAGGUCCUACUGCGGGUCAAAGAAUCGGAAAUCCAGUACCUGAAGCAGGAGAUCAGCUCUCUCAAAGACGAGUUGCAGACAGCGCUGAGGGAUAAGAAAUACGCCAGUGACAAGUACAAAGACAUCUACACAGAGCUGAGCAUUGUGAAGGCCAAGGCAGACUGUGAUAUCAGCAGGUUGAAAGAGCAGCUGAAAGCAGCCACAGAAGCUCAGGGAGAGAAAUCCCCUGUGAACACCACUGUAUCGGGAUAUGAUAUUAUGAAAUCAAAAAGCAACCCUGAUUUCUUGAAGAAAGACAGAUCCAGUGUUAGCCGACAACUAAGGAAUAUCAGGUCAAAGAGUCUGAAGGAAGGCCUGACUGUGCAAGAACGCCUGAAGCUUUUUGAAUCCAGGGACUUGAAGAAAGACUAGUUCUCCCCGCUCCGCUUCAACACGCGCACCUCCCAGCUUGAGGCAGCACAGCACCAGCACCGUUUGUCUCUCGUUCCUUACGAUUGUCCUUGCUGUUGUUCGUCUUGGCGCUCCUGACGAGACUGAGCUCCGCGGUGGCGGUCCCUCGCCGCCACCUCUCACCUCCGCAGCUCCUUUUCCUGCUUUGUGAGACGCUUCAGAGACUCUGAGAGGGAGAGGAAGGGAUUUUUUUUUUCCCCUCUUCAGCGCUUGUAGGAGAGUCCUUCCUUUACUGUAAACCAUUACACUAAGUGUCAGUAUUAAGGCUCAGUAGCCUAUUAAUAAGCUAGCUCUGUCGUACCAACUGUUUUGGUAUAAAAGCAGGGCCGGGGUGGUAUAGGCCGUACCUAGCUCUUACUGCUGUCAAGAGACCCAGUGCUCAGAGCACACCAGGAGCCUAAUCUAACUGUUGAUCUUUACUGCAUUACUUGCACCUACAAGGUGGGGGGGGCCUGUGGGAAAGUGUCAGAGAGUGCAAGUCAGUACCUGUGUAAGCAGCGGGGAGGUACAACACUGACAUUUCGCUGGGGGACGGAAGAAAUGACUCUCCUGCCCCAUGACAGUGCCGUAUCCUGAAUGUAGGUGUUACCGAAGCCCAGCGCGCUUUGGUGUCUUUCCAGAUGGUUGUGGUUAGGGAGUUGCAGUUACUCACGCGCAACAGGUCUGCCCCAUUGGCCAUGUCUUUGUCGCCCUUCUCGCUGGUGCCCAGGUCUGAGAUGCGUGUUUCUGGGACUGAGUCGUCAGGUCAUUUUCUUGCCUCUGUUUGAUCAAGCCCAGCAAUCUUUUUGCUGUUACUCUCCCCCUCUCCUUGAGUCCUGUGUAUCCUAGGGUCUGUGCGCAUGUGAAACUCCCUUUUCCUAGUCAAAGAAGGAAAGUAGAGUAGAAAGUAGAAUCAAUACUGACUGAAAAUGCACAGUGCUCAAUGCAUAUAAUGCUCCUUUUUUAUCAGCUUCUUGAACUCAACUCUUCUUGUCAGCAGGGCAGCUCCUAUAUUUUAAUUCUUUAAUCUUUUCCUGAAAUAAAAAUCUGAAAACUUGUAUGUGCUUCAGACCUUCUCAGUCGUAACAGUUUUCUUAUUUAAAACAUACAAUUUAGCAGUGUGAGGCCAAUAAACUGAUACCAAUUAAAAGUGAAUUGAGAGAAUGGGUAGCAAUAGAUGUAGCACAUGGACAGCCUAAUACUGGCUAUCUUUCUGGAGGAUCUGCAGACUCUGCUUUGCAGCAGUUGGACUGCAUGGGUACCAUGGCUUAAUCCUGGGUUAGCAAGAACAUUUCAAUAUGCUUUGGCCCUGUGAAGAGCCAGGGUCUUGCCUCACUGCUCAAAGAGAAUGCCUGCCUGCUGCUGAACACAAACACUGCUCACCCUGGCCAAGAGCAGCGUUGAGAUACCGUUCCAACACAUUUAGAGUCCAACCUAAUUUAGCCACCAAGCGAUCCACAAUACAUCAGACUGUGCUUUUAAAAAUAUGCCCUAGCUUUUGUGUAAAGCUAAGCUUCCUCUUGCCUUUCAGGUGCUUCAAAUGUGGUUUAAGCAGGCAGUGGCAUUCAGGCAGAUCUGUGCGUUUUCAUGGCUAAUUUGAGAUCCUUAAGUAGGCAUGGUGCUUUGGGCAGUGGCUGAGAGAGAGAGAGAGAGAGAGAGAGACAGACAGACAGACAGACAGACAGACAGACAGACAGAAGUGCUGCAGGCCAGUACUUGAGAAGUUCUCGCUACCAGCUCUGGAACUGGUAGUAGCCAAGGGCCUGGAGACAGGCACUUUCUUCGUGCCAGGCUAGGCGACAAUGGGUGCUGACCAGCUUUCCUUUAUCCUCCAUCCUCUGAUCCGUGAUGAGGCCAACGGCUGCCUUAUUCCCUCCUCCUGUCUUGCAUGGCGGAACAUAGCCUGUUGGGGUACAGUCAGCAGGCAGAAGCUGUUUGUCCCCAGCUUCGCACCUGUAUGAAGGGCUUCCAAGUUAGCAAUCCGCAAAGUGGAACCUGUCAAAUUAGAGCUAACCUGUGGAUGUGGAUGGAGCUCACCAUGCCGAUCUUCUUUUAUCAUCUGAUGACCUUUUAAAGCAUAGACUGUUACUGAUAUGUAAUUUUGGUAAUGCUUAGUAAUGGCUUUCUGCAGCCACGGCAUGGGAUCCUGCUUCCCUUACAGCUGAGAUGGACUAGACAGACUCUUCCUACUUGUAUCCUUCUCACUUUCUCAGCCAUCUCCAAUUUGUGUGUUCUGCUUAAGAGGUGACUCAUGGAAGAUUCCGAAGCUCUGUCACUACUCACGUGCAUUGGUUUUCUCUAUUCUGGCAUCUCGGGCCUUUACGUAUUUCAGUGAGAGGUCUGAUUCUUCUCCUCACGAUUGAGCCAAGGAUGUACGUUUGGGUCCCAGUUCCAGCAGCAGCUGGGAACGUGAACUUCAAUGGGAUGUACAACCAGGUAAAGGCAAUGUUGUCUUUGAAUUAAAUCAGGGACAUUAGAAUCUGCCAAGCAGCACAGCUUGCAGGACCAGCAGAGAUGUCAGUGCUGUCACCCAGGCUUUUAAAAAGGUUCUGAAUAUUGCUUGGGUGAACAAACCCACUGUAGUUCAUAUAUCAUGUAUGCCUUUUCUACAUGUGACAGGAGACAGUCACAUUUCCCGUAUGCCUAGUGUGCUCCCUUCCAAACUUAUCUGUAUCUGCCCAGCUCUGAACAGAGAUAGUUUUCAUAUUAUUUCCUUUCUCAUUGAUCCAGGUUUGACUGUUGUGUGCUCUGCUCUCUGGUAGCUUUCAUGCCCUGCUUCUCCUGGCAAAGGUAUUGGGCCACAGAGUUAUGACGAAAAUUAGGGCUCAAGUAGUGUCAUUUCUCUUCCCUUACAAGACUAUGAUGGAUCCAGUGAAUGAGCAUCCAAGUAGGGUCUUCUUCCUCCUCCUGCUCUGUCAAGUAGGGUGGGACUUCAGCCUCUUAAGUCAACUGAUCAGAAUGUGUCCUGGGCUCCUUCUCUACAGGUGGACUCUGACCUUUCUCACAUCCUCUAGAACAUCUUGCUUUUCUUUGCUUAUAUCUCAUUUGCUCAGGAGCACUUACUUACUUUAAGCAUGAAGACUAAAGGUUGUCUUCUAUUUGCAAUUGCAUGCUGGUGGUAUAGAGGAGACAGGUUGAGGCCCUUUGUAGUACAGGUUCAUGCCACCAAGCCUCUUGAGACUCUCCAAGGAGAUUUUUUUUUUUUUCUGCCAUACAAGAAGUCUUCUCUUGCAGCUUAGUCUAGGACUAGAUGUUGAGCUUAGUGAGUGACAGCACCUUGCUUUCUUUGCCCUUUGAUCCUGCUUUGAUCCUUAUUUCCUAAUGUAGAGAAUGGGUUUGAUAAGUGGAGGGCACAUUUGGUGUUGCUACACAGAUAAUGGAAACAGGCUGAUGUGACCCAGAGCUUGGCUGGUUGCAGGCUGCCAAAGUAGAGCUCCCAGGAGCUUUAAGCCAUGCAUACUAGGCCAUGUGCUCCAGAAAAUUACAUCCUCAUCUUUUGUCUUGCCACAUGUAAAUACAUUGAUACAAAAAUAAAAAUAUGGGUGAGCAUUGGCAAAAAAUACUGCAGUGUAUAGCAAAGUAGAGUCAUUUAGAUGUUAGUGCAAGAAGGCAGAAGAAGGUGCAAUUAAAAUGCAAUGGAUAGCAAGCUGUGUAAAGCACGUUGGUUCUGAAGCAAUGGAAGUUCCAGGGCAUGGGUUAGAAAGCCUUUCUGUUUGUGCUCUGCCUCAAAAUUGCCCUGUGAAGAGAGGCUAUGAGGAUUUAGUCUUGUUUGUACAUAUAUAAAAACACACCAAGGUUUAAGAACAUGAAAAAAACACCCAAGAAAACUUGCAAAGAAGAGAACACUUGUAUAGCUUUUCUCUUCCUCUCUCUAUAUAUACACACAUAUGCUAAGCAAAAGGUCAUAUAAAAGUUCUGGGCCACUUGGGUCAAUUCUUCACUUGAGGAAAUGCACACAGUAUUUUGACUCUCAGAUGAGAAUCUGACAGGAGAUGUGGCAUAAACAAGGCUGAUGCUGGAUUUUUUUAACUUCCUUUCUUUCAUCGUAGUUUAUCUUCUUAUCAUAAAGAAAAUGCCAGUCUGCUGAUAACCUCCAUCUUAACAGGCUCCCUGAAUCAUCUGUAAAAGAAUCUGAAUUGACGUUUGCUAAAACUCCUGUAUAAACAGAAUGAGACACUGUGGGCUCAGCUAGUCAAAAUUUUGCCAUUAGGGAACUAUUAAUAAAUGCCUAUUGGUGAACUUCUCUGGACCUUUAAACCACUGAUAAAAGCUAAGUAGACAGACAAGUUCACUGAGAAAAAAAAAUGGCACCAACAACAGCUACAGCCAAAACAUGUUACAAGGAAUGAGAACAACUGCAGAGGAAACACACACACACACACAGUGUAUGGAGGAAUGGGUGGGGACCAUCUUCUGGUGACUAUUAUCAUGGUUUUAGCAAUGUCUAACAAGUCAAAACAAUUAAUUUUAUUGCUUAAUUUUUCUGCCUUAAAAUACUUAUCACUAAGCCAAGGGGUCUUUUAUGAACAUGGUGAUGGGCUACUAUACUGUCCCUGUUAAGAGCAGCCGUUAAGAGCAGCCAUCAAGAGCAGGGUUAGGCUUCUUUUAAAAAGAAAGCAAAACAGAAAACCCAGCCCUGCUGUACAGAAGGCAAGGCCCCUCUCGGUGUCUUUAGCAGCUAUGUCACGCUUUGGAGCAGCACUCCUCCGGAUGUGUAUAAACAUGUACUGCAGUACUACCAGUUCUGGAGGGCACAGAAAAGACUUCUGAGAAGGAAAGAUGCGGUGGAAUGAACAUGGCUUUGUUAUGGACUAUUGCAGGCUGGAUUCCAGGUUUCAUUCCAUGCAGUGUGGCAACUGUCAGAGCACUUCUCCAAAGCAUGAGGCAGUACAUGACCUGCCUUGACAUUAAAGAAUGAAAGAGAACCACCAGCACCAGUAAACAGAGCCAGAACCUGCAGACAGAGAGAGUGAGAGAGGUGCUUAAAAAAAAGAAAAAAAAAAGAAAAGAAAAAAAGAAAAAGAAAAAGCCAGCUGGGAAACUUUUUCGCUAAUAGCAAUGGUCUUUAGUUAUCCAAUUUCUUCUUCCUGCUCCAGGCCUCAUCCAUUUUUCAAGAUAAGAGAAAUCAGUGACUCUUUACAUUAGAAAGUGUGUGAAGACUGAGGAAAGCUAUGGGGAGGAAGGAAGGAACAGAGGGAAAGCAAGCUAGAGGCUUUUAAAUUCCAGCUACAUCUCCCAUCGCACGUUUCUGUGACACAGCAGCACAAGCUGCCGGUUGCCACUCCUUUUGAUGUGGGCCAGGUACCUGCUGUACAGAAUGAGGCAAGUCCUUCUACUAGGUGUUCUGCUUCAAAUGCUCUUAGAGGGCACAGUAUACGCACAUUGAGUAAUGUAAAUGCAAGCUGCUGCAUUUUACACUGCUCUACAUUUAGUAGUAGUACUGAGAUGUGAGGUUUAUGAAAACCCAAGUGCAACAAAGCUACAGCCAUAUACAUCUGCUAAUUGCUUCUAAUUUUUUUUUGCAUAAAAUUUUCUUACCAAUUGCACCCUCUCUCCCUAAAACAGACCAAGUCCUUUUUAAAUGUGACCUUUUCUUUGCUCACAUAUAAAAGCAGCAGCAAAUUUAUUCAUUUGCUUCAAAGUUAAACUUGUGUGCUAAUCUGCAAGCCAGAAAAAAAGCUAAUUUUUCCUUCUGUAAUAGAAGUUGACUGGAAUGCAUUUAAGCAGCUCCUCCCAGCAUUGUAAAAAUGUGUCACUUUUGUAACACUAUAUACUUGAUUGGAUUCCACUACUCUUUUGCAUUUUUUGUGGUUCAUAUACAGUACUUAGUUUGUUGUGAACACUAAAGCACAUGCACGCUCAGUGUAGCUUGCCUUUCCUCUGUAAUUUUUUCCAUUUUUUAAAAAGCUUUGUUAUUCUUCUCUUUAAAAAAAAUAAUUUAAAGCCUGUAUAGUAUCCAAAGCACGCAAUGUAAAUAUUUAUUACUCAGAAAUUAGUGGAGGGUUCUCUUUUGUGACUGUGUUUUUGAUUUUUAUAUCUUAUUUCGAUAGACGUCCUGUUUGGGGGUUGGAAGAGGAGCGCUGAGUGUAAUAUGUUGAACCUGCCCUAUCUUUCCUGAUAGAAUAUUUGUUUUUGAUGACUGUUAUAAAUAUCUUUUCAAAAAUUUUCUGCUGACUUACACCUUUAGUUUUGAAAAUACCUGUCCAAAGAAUGUGUACAGUCUGUUUGAGAACUGUAACCCUACUGCUCUAUAAACUUUUUUUCUUUUCCAGAGAAUUCAGUAAUCUUGUAUUUGAUAGUGGCAUUAACACCAUGAGUGUGCAAACUGUUAUCUAUAUAUAGAGAGAAGUAGUAACUACUUUGUGCUAGAGCAUAUAAACUGUCCUUGCACAGUAACUUAGGACUGUUGCAGUGAGUGGACUAAGGUCCCCAGAUCUCAAAACCUAGUGUGUGAUGGUGUAACGCACUUGUGAAUCAUCAUUGAAGAUACUCUGUAAGGCUACCUGGACUUCACAAGGGAACUCCAGACCUAGCUCCCAGCUGUGCAGAUACAUAUUGUACAACAGCAUGGAAGUUUACUGUAACUUACAUGAUGUAAGUAACUGUUUAAAUAUAACUUUCAAUACAAUGUAGUUACUACUGAGUUGAACUUUUGUGAUCCUACCACUGUAAUACAACUAUAUUUCUUUCAAGAGGAUGCAAAAGUACUGUUGCAUGACCAGGGAACAUGCAGGCUGAAAACAACACAGCUGUGUCAGCUCUGGUGGUUUUCCCUGGCUCAGCCUACAUUUUGAGACUACUAAAAGAAACCAUGCGUGUGGGAUUUACUAGCAGAAACCUGAUUAGCCAGUCAAGUUGGUACCAACCAAACUAAUCCAGCUGGCCAUGAACUAGUAAAUAAUUAGUGCAAUUACAACCAAUUAUUUUCUCAUUCUUCCUGCUUUCUUCACACAAUGAUUGUGUGCUGGAUGUGACAAGAAAACUGACUCUUUGUUCUAAACUAGAGAGAGCAAAGUAUGUUGUAAAAUACUAAAGACUAUGGUAAGUAGGAAAAAGGUAAGAAUGCUUAGUCUUUGACCCAUAUUCACCUUCCCGGGACCUGGCGUUCUGGGAUGUCUUGAGAUUUUAAAGAAUCAUUUUUUGAAGGGAUAAAAAGUUCUGGGGACAGAGAAGGAAACUUUGUAUGUCUUUGGGUGAUAACAGAAGUCACACUAGACAUCCAGGUACUAAUAAGUCAGUCUUCCUCCAUCAACCUAAUCAGAACUGAAGGCUCCCCUUAGUUCUGUUUUGUGCACACUGUUCACCAAUGACUGAACCGUAACUGAAGGAGAUUUGUUAUGAAUUAAAACGUACACACACCAUGCUCUACCACUUGUAUUACAAGAGCCUCUGCCCUCCUCCACUCCUUACGGAAAUGACAAAAAACAAUUUGCAAGUAAUAAGAAUGCAAAAGCCAGAGUAAACUACAAGGUAAAUUUUCCAGGUCCUGUGGUGAUGCAGUAGAGGCAAGCCCUCCAUCUCUAAUCUGUAAUUUGACUGAGCGGCAACAAUGACAGUACAGAAAGCACAGAAAUCUCAGUGCAGUUGUGGAUUACUACAGCUACACUACUGCUGGAAAAAAAACAUGGAUCAAAUUCAGAAACGAUUACAACAGGGUGGUAAGGAGAAAGAGGAACCACAGUUGUUCUAAAAACCCAUCAAUGUGUAGGUCUGAAUGGCGUGUCUUAAGGAGAGGUUUCCACAGAACCAUAUUCAUCCAGGAAAUGAUGCGUCAAACUUGAUUAAUUUCUCUCUGCAGAGGGGAGUGUGCGUUUGAGGCUCCUGUUUCUAAAUGUGUGGGAUCUUUUCUCCUUCCCCUCUCCCUUCCACUCCAUUUUAUUUCAGUGCUUUUUUAAGAGCCACUGUUCCUGAUCAACUGUUCACUGUAAUAGAAACGUCAAGUUUUGUCACAAUAUUUAUUCCAUACAAAAUCUUGUGUGACAUGCUAGGUUCCCGUGGAUGUAGCUGAUCAUUUUUAUUUUGUAAAUAUAAUUACCUAACUUUACAUAAACUAUAUCGUAAUAAACUAUUUUUGCACCACCCUUU